GCGCGCGUUGCCGCCGCUGGCUCCGUUCCUCUUCCCUCCCCCUCCGCGCCGCCCUUGCUCUCCCCCGGGCGGCCGGAGACGGCGGCGGCGUCUGCGGGAAGCCGUGUGUCUCCGCAGUGACGUGGGCGGGCCGAGGGCUCGGUGACGUCAGAGGGCUGUGUGUAGCGAUGUGUGUGGGGUUCGGAGCCGAGCCGGCACAGCUGAAGGGAGCGGGCGAGCGGCGGCGGCGGUGGCGGCGGGCACAGAUUAAUUAAAAGAAGAAUGAACAGCAGUUCUUGAAAAUAACUGGGCAAUUUUUCUUUAAAUCAUCUUUAAUUGUAGAAGUUCAAGUGGAGUCAGAGGCUCUUAUUGGUGGGAGAAUUUAUACAAGCCUUCAGUUUGUCAACACAGACCAACAGAUCAUCACUUUUAGAGAAGAUAUUUUUUUUCCUUUUUUGGGGUCUCUGUGCCAAAAAUUAAAUUUGGGUGCAUCAUUUUUAUGUGUUUGUGUCUAGGUUUUAUGUGCAAGUAAUCUUACGAACUUUCCACUUGCUUUGUUAAAAGCAAACCAAACCAUUGCAUCGAACCUGGAAACCUUGAGAGAACUGGUAACUUUAUUUUAAUACAUAUUUCUGAAGAAUUUAAAAAAAAACGAAGGCUUCCUCAGAGGUGUGCCUCUUAAAAUUCUCUUAUCAGAGACAAAUUUUAUAGCAUUUGCAGUGAAAUUAACUAGAGUAUAAGCGUAGAACCAAAACAGCUGCAAAACCUGUUGAGUAAUUUAGGAUCUCUCUUUGGAAAUUUAAAUUUUCUAUGAGUUACCAUAGAAAUUUUAUGUAACUUACCAUACAUAAGUUACCAUACAUAUUGGUAUACAUUACUCUUUUCCAAAUACGCAGCUAAAUAACAAUGCAAGUGUCAGACUCACUUAUUUAACACAAUAGUUUUUACCAAUGGAAAACCUACACACAAAUUUCUCCUUGGUUCAAGGCUCAAAUAAAAAAAUGAAUGGGAUGGGAGGUGAUGGCAGCCCUCCAGUGAAAAAAAGGAUGACAGACAUUCAUGCAAAUGGAAAAAUGUUGAUAAACAAGAUGCCAACAGUAAAGAAGGAACACUUGGAUGACUAUGAAGCGCCGAUGGAAACUGAUGGAGAGCAUGUCAAGCAAACCUGUACCUCGAUGCCUGAACCUCUUCAUUUAAAUCCCAGUUUGAAACAUACUUUGGCGCAAUUCCAUUUAAGCAGUCAGAGCUCUCUGGGUGGACCAGCAGCAUUUUCCGCUCGGUAUUCCCAAGAAAACAUGUCACCUGUAUUUCUGCCUCUUCCAUCUCCUCAGGUUCUUCCUGGUCCACUGCUCAUCCCUUCUGAUAGCUCCACAGAACUCACCCAGACUGUGUUGGAAGGGGAGUCUAUUUCUUGUUUUCAGGUUGGAGGAGAAAAGAGACUCUGUUUGCCCCAAGUCUUAAAUUCUGUUCUCCGAGAAUUUUCACUCCAGCAAAUAAAUACAGUGUGUGACGAAUUGUACAUUUAUUGUUCAAGAUGUACUUCAGACCAACUUCAUAUCUUAAAGGUCCUGGGAAUACUUCCAUUCAAUGCCCCAUCCUGUGGGCUGAUUACAUUAACUGAUGCACAGAGACUAUGUAAUGCUUUAUUGCGGCCACGCACUUUUCCUCAAAAUGGUAGCAUACUUCCUGCUAAAAACUCAUUGGCUCAGUUAAAGGAAACUGGCAGUGCCUUUGAAGUGGAACAUGAAUGCUUGGGCAAAUGUCAGGGUCUGUUUGCACCCCAGUUUUAUGUUCAGCCUGAUGCUCCGUGCAUUCAGUGUCUGGAGUGCUGUGGAAUGUUUGCGCCCCAGACUUUUGUGAUGCAUUCCCACAGAUCACCUGACAAAAGGACUUGCCACUGGGGCUUUGAAUCAGCCAAAUGGCAUUGCUAUCUUCACGUGAACCAAAAAUACUUAGGAACACCUGAAGAAAAGAAACUGAAGAUAGUUUUAGAAGAAAUGAAGGAGAAGUUUAGCAUGAGAAAUGGAAAGAGAACUCAAUCUAAGAUAGAUUCACCAUCAGGAAUGGAAUUACCGUCAUGGUAUCCUGUUAUAAAGCAGGAAAGCGACCAUGUUUCUCAGACACAUGCAUUUUUACACCCUAGCUACUACUUAUACAUGUGUGAUAAAGUGGUUGCCCCAAAUGUGUCACUCACUUCUGCUGUAUCCCAGCCUAAAGAGGUCACAAAGACAGAGGCAAGUAGAUCCAUACCAAGACAGUCAGAGAAGCCCCACAGUAGUGGGAAACAUCACAAAACAGUGUCUUAUCCAGAUGUCUCACUGGAGGAACAGGAGAAAAUGGAUUUAAAAACAAGCAGAGAAUUAUGUAACCGUUUAGAUCCAUCAAUCUCAAAUAAUUCUGUAAGUAAAAAGAAACCCGAGUCUACCACUUGCAACUCAAUCAGAGACACAACCAAGGUGGGAAUUGACCAUGAUGCUGCAGCUUCAUCUUCAUCUCCACUUCCUGUCAGAGAUGUCAUUUGUGAGGACGAUAAGGGAAAAAUCAUGGAAGAAGUAAUGAAAACUUAUGUAAAACAGCAGGAAAAAUUGAACUCCAUUUUGCAGAAGAAGCAACAACUUGAGAUGGAAGUUGAAAUGUUGAGUAGUUCAAAAGCAAUGAAAGAACUCACUGAAGAACAGCAAAAUUUACAGAAAGAGCUUGAAUCUUUGCAGAAUGAACAUGCUCAAAGGAUGGAAGAAUUUUGUGUUGAACAGAAAGACUUAGAGAAAAAAUUAGAGCAGGUAAUGAAGCAAAAAUGUACCUGUGACUCGAAUUUAGAAAAAGACAAAGAAGCUGAAUAUGCGGCACAGUUGGCAGAGCUCAGACAGAGACUGGACCAUGCUGAGGCUGACAGACAAGAACUCCAAGAUGAACUCAGACAGGAACGGGAGGCAAGACAGAAGUUAGAGAUGAUGAUAAAAGAGUUAAAGCUGCAAAUUUUGAAAUCAAAGACUGCUAAAGUAUAGAAACCUUUAAAGAGAUUCAUCUGUAUGUUCUGACAGAGUUUAUUUUUGUUUGUUUGCUUUGCUAGUUGAAUUCUGAACAAUUUACCUGCAUGAAGAUAAUUAGGCAUUCUAUCCAUUUGUAGAUCAGAGAAAGUGAAGAGAUUAUAUAUUAGUACAUAAAUUUUUACAUUUCCAAAUGAAUGAAAAUGUAUGUUUCUUUGUACUUUUUCCCCAAACAGCUUAGUAACAAUACUCUGUUUCAACUAUUAGAUAAUCUGCCUAUAUUUCUAGUGCAAAUCUAACAGUUGUAAGAUUACAACUUCUUGAAAGCUGCAUUGAGUGAUAGAAAAUAGUUGUGAGUUUUGUUACCCAUAUUUCAGACUCAAGUUUAGGUACAAUGGUGGCAUCAUAUUUCAAAUAUAUAGAAAUAUUCAAGGAGUUGAAUCUCCAUUGUUUUCAUUAACACAAUCUUUUUUGAUACACUAUACUCAUUAUUAUAUGCAAGAUUUGUUUUUAUCUUAUUCAUAUUGUGGAAUGAAUUUCUGUUCUCUACUUUUUAAAGUUUUAUGAGAGAGAUUUUAUCAAAAAAAGAAUUUUAGUGGUGAGGUUAUGGCACACCCAUGGACAUAAUGGGGAAGGAUAAUAUGCUUCAUUAUAAUCCCGCUGCUAAACAGAAGAGGCAGUUGUAAUUUUUUUUUUAAUAUGGUUAUAUUUAGAUUUUUUUUAACACAGAAACUUCAGGAGAGGGAAUAAAUGUAAAAAUUUCUGGACUUCUGUUUAUGUUGUUAAUAGUGGUGUUGAAAUGUUACUGUUCUUGAGAAAAACUGAUACCAUCGAUGUACAUCAGUUUUUAUACAAUUCAUAAUCUUCCUGUACAGUUUUUAUAUGUAGUUAUGGGGCUUACUGAAAUUUAUAUAAUGGACUUGUUUUCCUUGAUGCCUUUGUUUUCCUUUAAAUUGUAAAAUAUUAAACUCCUUGAAGGUUAUUUUUGACUUUUGUAUGUUUAAAUGUUAAGUCUUAUCAAAAUUUGCACAAAUGGACCAUUUCAAUUACUACUUAAUGUCAAAAUCAGGAAUUUAUAGUCAACUGAUAUAGUUUAUGAUAGAUUAAUAUAGGGAAGUUUAGUUAUCUGCUACUAAAAGAUUUUUAGAUAAUUUUUAGAAGACAGGAAUCACAUAGUUUGGGAGAAGGGCAACAUCUGCACUUUUUUUUUUGCACAGAAAAGUGUCGUCCUUUAAUGACAAAAUUUGGUAUUUGUUAAUUCUUGGCUUAGAAGGUAUUAGGUAAAAUUUUUAGUAUGCAUUUUUUAAAGGCAGUUUCCUGAAGCUACAAUUGAUACUAUUAUCCCAUGAUUUUUAUGUUCUCAUGUUCUUGCCUAAGGUACUAAAUGAAAUUACUUGAGAGCUGAAUCUAUUUUUAAAAUAAGCUAGUCUUACAUACUAUUCCCCACAUACGUAAUAGGUACUGUAAUGGUAUAGAACUUCAAAACCCAGUAGGUUAUCACCUAACAAGUUAUUUUCAUGUUUUGCUUAAUGGUACUAGUGUAUCCUAAAAGAAUUCUCAAAGUAUAGUUUUUCACUAGAAUGUGAUCUAAAUGUGCAUUUCCUGUUUGACAUUUAGAUUUUACUGUAUUAAUCCUGCAAUUUAAUUUGUUGAUUUUUGGAAUCUCCUCAAGGAGGAACAAAUGUUUAAAAAAUGAUGUACAGGAGCAAUGUUUAAAAUAACACACCUUUAUUUAGAUACGCAGAAAGAAAAAUCAAGGACAUUCUAUGAUAAAGUUUCAUUUUGGUUGUGAAUUAGUUGUGUCACAGCUAAGCUUUUUGGGAGACAAACUUAAGCCCCUAUAAUUUCAUUUAUUUUUCUAAUUCACUCAAGAUCUUCCUAGUUAUGUUAUUUAGUAAACGAUAAGCUUACUUAAUUUUCAACCCACAAUUUCUAAAUUGCUUAAUCUUUGAAAUGUUACUUUAAAAUUCUAAGCAGUGCUUAAACACCUUUGAAUUAUCAUAAACUCUUAAUUUAGAAUUGAGUGAAAUAUUUUUUCUACUCCUUCCCAUGAUGAAAACUUGUCACAUGAAAUUGUGUAGUCAUUUUCCCAAAGAUACAUUGAUGUUGCCAUAGAUUUCUGUCUAACUUCCUUGAGAAUAGUUUUUUAGUCAAUUGUAAAUAUACCUAUUCUAGUGAAAAGUAAUUUUAAGUUAAAUUGCACCACAUAGCUUGAGAUUACAGAGAUUUUUGUAGUACUUUAAAAGUGGCCUCUGCUAAAUUAUCUUACCCUUACAAACUUUUCUAUUCUUUGCAUGCUCAUUUUGUGUGUUGAUUGCUAUCUUAAAGUUUGUUUUGGUGUUGCUUUUGUGUGCUAUUCAUUAGGCAAGCAGAUUUUUCCUCAGAUUUUAUAAUAUUCUUCUUGGGAAAAAUAUGAAAAUAUUAACUUUAAAAAGCUGCAUUAAAGGAAUGGCCUAUCAGAGUGCUGGAGCAUCUUUAGAAGGAAGAAAAUAUAGAGUAUUAGCUUAGGGGUGAUAGGUGAUGUUUAACUUGGGUGAUCACAGUUCCUGUACUCUGACCUUUAUGAGGAAAAGAAACAAAAUCUAUAAAGGUAGUAAAUGUAAAAUCUGCUGUCAUUGAGGAAGCUCCAAACCACCCUGAUUUCACAAAUUAAUUUUUAAUGCUAUGAAAGGAUUUGACCAACAACAUAAGUUUGGCUUGUGAUUUAGUUUUGUAAAGCAUAUUCUUUUGCUUGAAUUUCUGUGUCCAUGAAAAUUAGGAUGUUUUAUGCUUCUUGAACUAAUUUUAUAGCAUAUUUAAUAUAUUACUAGUUGGAAUAGAAAAUCAUUUGUACAUAUCGAAUUACAAACCAGUUACUAAAGUAGGUGAAAUAGACUGAGUACAAUAUAUGCAGGUUCUUCAUUUAUUAGAAGUGACAGAACAACCAAUGUAUCUGCAUACCUGUGGACUCUGAAGGAAAGUGAAAUGAUAAACGAGCAAUAUGAAACAUGCUCAAGAUAUUUCCCUAAAAUCAAUUGGAAAGCUGGUGAUGAAGGUUUUUGAUCAGCUUCUAAAAUUUUCUUCUCAAUGAAAAGACUGUGUUUUGAUUGCUUAAGGAAGAAUCCUCAUUUUUAUUUGCUUUUAUACAUUUAAUCUGCACGGCAGGACAUGAAAAAUAUAAUGACAAGUUGUGCUUAUACUGUACAUCUGUUUCUGUGCUUGGAACUACUUGUUAAUAGUUUUUAUUGAACCUGUCAGCAAUAAGGGACACAGUGGGAUUGAAUGAUUUAAACAGCUUAAUUUUUACUAGUAUAGAAUACUUAAGCAUUUCCAUUAUUGGAAAAAUUUAUAUAGGUAUUCUACAAUGUAUCUUGUUUAAAAGGACAGUCUUUUUUAAAAUAUCAAUUUUAAAUGGCUUUAAACUACAUAAUGCAAUUGGGGCUUGUUUUUUUUGUUUGUUUUUUAGUAAUAGAAUUAAAUGUCUUAUAUAGUGCUACUGUUUUUGAAUUAGAAAGUGAUCAAAUGUAAACACUGAAAUUUAAAAGUUAAGCCCAGAAAACAAAAUAGGGUAUUAAAUUCAUUGAAUGUAAAAGAAAUUUAUGAUUUUCUUCAAUAUACAUACCUCACUUGAAAAUAAAGCACAGCAUACUUAAAGUAGUUCUAGUAAAAAAAGUCCUACUAAAUUGCUAAAUUUAGGACACCUUGUGGGAAAUUAUAGUUAGGGAAAAAUAAAAUAUACUUACUCUUAACCAUCCUGUUAUACAUAUUUGUUUAUCCUCAUAAUUUUAAGCCAACAUAGUAGUCCUAAAUUAUUUCUGAAUUUUUUAAUCUGUGAAGGCAGUAAAUGAAAUUACCUGUUCUGCAACUGUUAAAUUGUUGACUACAUUGACCAUAAAUUCAUUAUAAAAUUUUGCCAAUGAUGUACAGUUUUAUGGUUAAAAUUGCUGUGGUUGGUUGUAUUACAUGACACAAAACUGUCCUCUACCUCACGUGAAAUAAAAUAUUUUAUAUGGUUUUACUAUAAAACAAGACUCAUCUAUCUGGUCACUUAGUUUACAAAUUUUGAAUUAUAUUUAUUGAAACAUGACAUACUGUGCUCUUAGCUUAUACCUCAAUUGUAUUUUGUGCUGUUUUCCAUUUUCAUGCCUUGUAAAUAACUUGUACAGAUUGUGGAUUAAAUUCCAAAUAAAAACUUUUAAUGCCAAUAAA